AUGCAGGUCCCUUUGCUGAGGCUCCAAUGUGGAGUUAACUCCUAUGCCUGGGGCAAGAAGGGUCAUGACUCUACUGCUGCCAAGUUCGCUGCUGCCACUCCUGCUGGCGACUUCUCCAUCCAGUCAGAUAAGCCCUACUCCGAGCUAUGGAUGGGCACCCACCCCUCCAACCCCUCCAAGGACCUGACCACUGGUCGUACUCUACUCGACCUCGUCCAGGACAACAAGGCCCUCCUUUCCGACGCCGUCACUGCUAAAUACGGAGAGACGCUUCCUUUCCUCCUCAAGAUUCUCUCCAUCGAUACUGCUCUUUCUAUCCAAGCCCACCCCAACAAGAAGCUUGCCGAGGAGCUCCACGCCAGGGACCCCAAGAACUACCCCGAUGACAACCACAAACCCGAGAUGGCCAUUGCCGUCACUCCCUUCGAGGGCCUCUGCGGUUUCCGACCCCUCGCCGAGAUCGCCCACUUUCUCGAGACCGUUAGCCCCCUAAAGGCCCUUGUCGGUGCCGAGUUCGCCGACGAGUUCAUUGCCAACGCCAAGGCUCAGGCUGAGGACGCCUCGGAAGAGGCCACCGCCAAGAGCAAGAAGAUUCUCCAGAAGACAUUUGGCAGCCUCAUGGCCUCUUCGCAGUCCGACGUCGACGCCGAAACCGAGAAGCUCAUCAAGCUUGCCGACUCUGAGGGCGCCAACUUUGCUGCUGGCGGCGUUCCUUCCAUUUCUGGCGAGAAGAUGGCUGCGCUUGUACGCCGCCUCUACGGCCAGUAUGGCAACGACAUUGGCCUCUUUGUCCAAUUUUUCCUCAAUUACGUCGAGCUCCAGCCCGGCGAGGCUCUCUUCCUCACCGCCGACGACAUCCACGCCUACAUCUCGGGCGACAUUGUCGAAUGCAUGGCCUCCUCUGACAAUGUCAUUCGUGCUGGCUUCACGCCUAAAUACAAGGACGUCAGCACUCUCGUCAGCACCCUCACUUAUAACUUUGCCCCCAUUGAGGAGCAGAAGAUGAAGCCUACCGAGUACCCAUACGCCACCCUCAACCGUACUGGCUACAGCUCCAGCUCGUCCGUGACCCUCUACGAUCCUCCCAUCGAUGAGUUCGCCGUUAUCCGCACCACUCUCAAUGGUGACGGUGCCAAGGCCACCUUUGAGCCCAUUCAGGGCCCUAGCGUUGUCAUUUGCACCAAGGGCAAGGGCAAGAUUUCUGUCGGCCCCAAGGUUGAAGAUAUGGAGGAGGGAUAUGUCUACUUCGUCGGUGCCACCGCCGAGCUUGUUCUCGAGUCUCGUGGCGGACCUGAUGACGAGUUCGUUACGUUUAAGGCGUUCUGCGAGGUUGAGUAG